CCUCGAUAAAUCUUACCAAGUUUACUCACUGAACCAGGUUAAAUGUGGGAAAUGGAUAAACAAAAUAAAUUCUCGCAAAUAAUGGUCCACCUGAGGAGAAUAAACAGUGUGGUCGUGAAGGUUAAAGGAGCGCCAUUGGACAGGCCUGUCUUGCUCGCGGCCUCAGCUUGCUCGUGUGUCUGGUCUCUUCUUUCCUCUCAUGGCCUCGGACGCUGCUGAUAAAGGAGACAGGUUUUCGGCUGAAGUAUGUCAAGAAGAAGAUGUCUGUUAGCCACCGAGCGCCCUCCCUCCCACCCGAGUCACUUCUCCUCUGUGGUUGCGCGUCCUGCGCUUUUUACGCAAUGCUCCAGAGCGACAACAGCAGGGUGACAGUCCCGAUUCGAAAGUCUGGCUGAUGAUGUUGCUGCUGUGGAUUGUUCUCAUCAGUCUUCUUUGGCCGGAAGCAAGUCGCUGCUCGGUGGCAGGUGUAAACUUCACCGUGGUAGGAGACAUCCGCCACUUUGUCACCACGCCCGAUGCCGUAUACAUAGCCGCAGCAGACAGGCUGUACCAGCUGAACCGCGACCUGAACCUGGUCCAGACCGUGAACCAGAGAGGGGUUCUCAUUGGCAAAAGUGAUUCUGCGCAGUUCUACCGAGUCCCGGAGAAGGCUGGAUGGAACGCUACGUUCAGCGUCCACAUGCUGUUGCCCUUUUUGGCGAAUAAAACCCUCAUCAGCUGCGGUGUAACGGACAACGAGUGCGGAUACUGCGAGCUGCUGGCACUGUCCAACAUCUCCAGGGUGGUCUACAGGGAGAACAUUAUAGUGGGACCCUCAAGGCACCCGAGCGCGUCCAUGGCAUUCUUGGUGUCUGUGGCUAGCCGUGGCGUUUACAUUAUGACCGCCCUAGAGCAAAGCAAAAACAAGACCUCACAGAACAUGUGCUCAACCUUGAAUACGGAGGUCCUGUACCUCUAUGACACCGUUCACCACCAGAAUAAAAAAGCAGGGAACCAAGGAGGCAUCUUCUCCAUCUCUGGUGACUCUGUCACCCCGGUCUUUAGAAGCAAAGGCGACGUGGACUUUGUGGACGGAUUUCAGAUAGAUUCUAUCAUCUAUCUUUUUGCCAAUGUGCCUUCUUCCGAAGCCGGCGGUAACAAAGUCCGCCUCCUAUGGCUCCAAGCCCAACCAAAUAAAGUGGAUACCAUGAAGUCGUUCCGAGGAGCGUCCCUCAUCAUUCCCGGGGGUAAGGGCAGCAGACUCGUAGCCUCCUCAGUGGUCUCGGGCAGGGCGCAUUCGCCCCUCUGGGUCGGCGUGUUCAGUGUGGACGGAGAGCUGAGCAACACCAAGCUGGUUUUGUUCAACAUCACCCUUGAUCGGAACAUAAAAGAAAAUGAUGAUCAAGACUUCAGUACCUCAACUAAAACCUACAAUCCCACUAAGCCUGGAGAGCUGCAGCCCCAGAAGGUGCUCUUCAAGAAGACCUCCAUGACUUCUGUACUGGCUGUGACACAAGGAGCGUGGAUAGUCGUCUUCAUUGGGACAGGAGAUGGCCAGCUCAUUAAGCUAAACGUGGACAAGAACUAUCACACCACUUGUCCCACGCUGCUUCACCGCACCGACGGCGACAGUAAGGUAUUUCCCAGGAUGCAGCUGGACGCGGGGCGUCAACAUGUCUACGCGGCCUUCAGUAAUACGGUGCAGCGUGUGCCCGUGUCAAAGUGCCACACCCACAGAACUCUGCAGGACUACUGGUCAGCGCAGGAUCCCAGCUGUGUGUGGUGCCAUGCAAAAAACAGGUGUACUUUUAAAGAUGAAUGCCAAAACUCCAGCUGGUUGUCCAUUGUGGAGGACUACCAGCCAAAGAUGAUUUCCUACAGCGUGGAAAAGCAAAGUGAUGGUCGGAUCAUUCUAAAUGUUCACACAAAAGUCGCUGUGGAUCCAAACGCCGGCACAAACUUCGCCUGUAAUUUCCUGGUAAAUUCUGGCGAGCUGUGCGAAAGGGAAGGCCUUCCUCCAAAGUUCCCGAAAUGCAAAUGCAUUCUGUCAAAAGACACGAUACCCAGCAAAGGAAUUAGCGUCACAUUGAAAGUCAGACUGGGCUCAAUGAGCUUGUCGGAAACAUUAAAGAUUACGACCUGCUCCGACAUCAAGGGCUCGCCCACCGCUGCUCUGUGCCAGCACUGCAUUGAGGUGGGAUGUGCUUGGAGUAACGGCAACUGUUCCUGGGCUACUGCCGGAGUCAUGAGUGACAGCGUUUGCCAAACAAUCCAGUCAGCAAUGAUUCCUUCAAUCUCCUCCGUCACCCCCAGCGUCGUGUCUUUCUACGGCCACAACCGCGCCGUUAUGUCUGGCUACAACCUGAGUCAGGUGGUCGGCGUGAGGGUCCAGACCAGCAUGGACUGCACAUCACAGGAGUCUCCCGUGUGGGACAACACGGGUCAGGAGUUGCUCUUCCACAUUCCCGCCAACGAAGGCAAAUGGACAGUCGGUCUGUGCGCCGUCCUCCCAGACGCGAGUUGCCAUGGCAACAGCACACUCACCUAUGUGUCCUCCCCGUCCUGCACAUCUGUGACACCAAACACCACCUGGCUCAGCGGUAAGAGAAAAAUCACCCUCCUCGGAUCCAACCUUGAGUUUGUCGACGGCGUUCUACACAGUCAUGCCCAGCAGGAAAUCCACCUCUUCACCGACAGAAGCUCUCAAAAUUUGACUUACCAUAUACCUGCCACUCAAAGCUCUCAGAGGGUUUUCACCAGCAUCGUAUCUCUCAAAGUAGCCAACGAGUCUUUGGCCUGCCUCCAGUCCAUCACCUGCUAUCCGGACCCUCAGUUCACCAGCUUCACCUCCACAAGGACCGGGGACAACGUCCGCAUCACUAUACAGAAAAUGGCCGACAAACUUGACAUGAGCUUAGAAGAAGUGUCAGCGGUGGGCGUGUACGGAGACAAAGACUACCCUUGCAUCAUGGAGGUCAAAGAAACCAGCAACCAGACUGACUUUUUCAUCUGUGAAAUUCAGAGCGUUCCGGAUGCUAACUUUCGUCAAUUAAAGGUCAAAUAUGGAGAGAAGACUAUAAUGUUGCAGAACACAUCACAUCGGUUUGCUCUGAUGCUGCUCGUCCUCCUGCUGAUCCCCGCCAUCAUAUUGGUGGUGCUCGUGGUUUACCGCCGCCAGCAGCAGCAGCUCACUGUGAAGAUGAAUAAGCGAAUGGAAAACCUGGAGCUCGACAUCCGUAACGACAUCAGACAAGGUUUUGUGGAUCUGCAGACGGAAAAGGCGGACCUGAUGGAAAACGUCAGCACCAUUCCAUUCCUUGACUACAAGCACUUUGCAUCCCGAAUCUUUUUUCCUGAGAAUGAAGCCCUGAUGGCAUUGUGUAUGGCCGACGUGAGUCAGGUGAGCGUGAAGGUGCAUCUGGACAAGUGUUGCCAGGGCCUGUCCAAACUGAUCCAGGACCAGCACUUCCUUACAUCCAUGGUGCACGCCGUGGAGGAGCAGAAGAGUUUCACCAUCAAAGACAAGUGUGCAUUGGCGUCCCUGCUGACCGUGGCGCUGCACAGCAACUUGUCCUAUCUGACGGAAGUGAUGGAAGCCCUGCUGAAAGACUUGAUGCAGAAAAACAGCAGCGCCCAGCCUAAAAUGUUGCUACGGCGCACCGAGUGCACGGUGGAGAAACUUCUUACCAACUGGAUGUCCGUCUGCCUCUACGGCUUCUUGAGGGAGAGUGUGGGCCAGCACCUCUUCCUGCUGGUGAGCGCCCUCACGCAGCAGAUGUCGCGAGGGCCGGUGGACCGCGUGACGGAGAAGGCACUCUACACGCUCAGUGAGGACUGGCUGCUGUGGCAGGCCCAGGACUUCAGCCCGCUGAAGCUAAAGGCGUUGUUUGCGGUGGGCGGCGACGGUGAGGUCAGCGAGCCCCUGGAGGUGUCCGCCCUCAGCUGUGACACGGUGGAGCAGGUCAAGGAAAAGGUCUUGACCACCUUCGAGGCCAAGUUUGGCUUCCCUUACAACAGGCCCGUUGAUGUCGAGUUGGACAAGGACGGUUCCUUCGUUGCGCUGGAGGAGGUGGAUGUCAGCUCUCAGGUGGUCGGGGAGGUGACCAUGCUCAACACUCUCAAGCACUACAAGGUUCCAGAUGGGGCGACGAUCAAAGUGCUGUCCAGAACACCUUCUGACAAACCCCUGCAGACUCUGAAAGACGAUCUGGACUUCUCAGGGAAAUAUUUCCAUCUGAUCGAUCCUGACGUGGGCGAGGACCGAGGCAAGAACCCGGAGAGGAAGAAGUUGCAGCUGAAGGAAGUGCACCUCACCAAGCUGCUGUCCACCAAGGUGGCGGUGCAUUCCUUUGUGGAGAACCUGUUCAGGUCCAUCUGGGGGACGCCGCAGUGCCGAGCGCCGUGGGCCGUCAAGUACUUCUUUGACUUCCUGGACGCGCAGGCGGACAGCAUGAAGAUCCUGGAUGCAGACGUGCUGCACAUCUGGAAGACUAACAGUUUGCCUCUUCGCUUCUGGGUGAACAUCCUGAAGAAUCCCCAGUUUGUCUUCGACAUGGAGAAGAGUCCACAGCUGGACGGCUGCUUGUCCGUCAUCGCUCAGGCCUUCAUGGACUCAUUCUCCCUCAGCGAGACGCAGCUGGGCAAGCACGCACCCACCAACAAGCUGCUCUACGCCAAAGAUAUUCCCAAAUUCAAGCAGGAAGUCAAGGACUACUACCGGCAGGUCCGAGACCAGCCGCCCAGCGCACACACCGACUUCCACAGAUUCCUGCAUGAGGAGUCCAAGAAACAUGAAAACGACUUCAACGAAGCUGCGGCCCUCAAGGAGAUCUACAAGAUUAUUCACCGAUACUUCUCAGAGAUCGUAGAAAAACUGGAGCAGAACGGCGCCCCUGCAGAGCUGAAGGAGCAACUGCAUGAAGUAAAGAAGACGUUUGAAGGACUAAAGAGCUGCUCCUGGAGCUGACCCACGCCCCGCACUAGACCACCAGGCUUGUACUGUAGCAUAUGUCAACUAAAUACACAUUGCUCUUUUUAUGCUUUGUUUUUGUACUAACUAAAAUAUUUUCUAGUGGUAUGUACCUUUGCAACCACAGGGUGGUGCUGUUGAGUCAACUAGUUGCAGCAACCAGAAGGUCAGCCGUUAACGAGUAGCGCCACCUAAAGAGUGUAGUAGUUACAACUGGAGGUGGAAUUUAAGACUUUGGCUUGUUCCUGGUUUUAUUUUUAUUCAAGUAAAAAAUCACUUGGAGAUGAUGUAGAAAAUGUAGAUCAGAAAUGUUUAAUUUACAAAACGAUUAAUCUAUUGGUAGGAAUUAUUCUGGAAUAUUGUCUAUAAUUUGCACACCGAGUUGGACAGAUCUCAGGUUCAAACACAGAUGACAUCUAUUAAACAGACAAGACGCAGGGAAUUAUUAAACAGACAAGAAGCAAGGAAUUAAACAGAGACAGGAUUUAAUUUAGUUCAAUGAAGAGAGUGCUUACACCUGUACUCUUGUACAGUGUCGUUCCACGCUCUGACAAAAGGUUCGCAGGCAUCCUCUUACAUUUGGACUUUCCCUGAUCACUUGGCAAGAGUUGUUUGUAAGUGGAGAGAGGGUCGUAAAUAGUCGUAGCCCUCGGUCACAAAACAGUUAGAAACAAAGAUGCCUGGAGCUUGCAUCAGGUCCUGCUUCCUCUCCGCUUUUUAGAUCUCGGGUUUUAAUGACUAUAUUACAUGGCCAGUUGUCACAUCCAGCUCACCAUUCAACAGUGCAGCUAAAAUAUUUUUUUUUUGCCUGAAAGAGAAAAUGUUUAUUAUAUACCACCCCAACAAACUGGUGUCAAGAUGUAGCAGAGCACUCCUGUGUAACACCUUCAGCAAUGGCCAUGUCCCUAAGUGAUGUACCCUAUACAUACAUGACAGCCUCAGACACCUCAAUAAACUCCCAUGAAGAGAAGGGAAACCUUGGUAAUAGACCUGUAAGGAUGAAA